AUGUCCAAGGCACGCACAGUUCGAACUGCUUCAUACUCUAUUGAAGAAGAUCAACUCCUUUGUCAUGUGUAUGUUGAUAUUUGCCAAGAUAAAGUUACGGGUCAUUAUCAAGCCGGGGACGUAUUUUGGACUCGCGUUAUGAAUGCUUAUCAUGAAGCACUACCAGCACAUGUUGGAAACACUCGACCAUUGAGGUCAAUUCAGACCAGGAUGCAAACUAUAAUGACAGCUGUCGCAAAAUUAAGAGGAUGUAUUGUUCAGGUUGAGAACUUGAACCCAAGUGGUGCUUCAGAACAAGACAUUCUUGAUAGGGCAAAAGAACUAAUGGCACAAGAUGCCAAAUUUAAAAAAGGUUUUAAAUUUGAUCAUGUAUGGCCUAUUGUUAAAGACUUGGAGAAAUUCAAAGUUCCCUCAAGCAGAGAAGCAAGUAUUGCAAGUCGAAAGCGAAGUUCUGACAUUGAAGGAUCAGAGUCACAAGGUGAUAAGUCAAUAGGUUCAUCCUCUUUUUGCCUUAAUUUAGACGAUGAUUUUGAAACCCAAGGCUUGAACAAUGAACGUCCUACUGGGCGUAACAAGGAAAAAAAGAAGAAGAAAACAUUUGCAGAAUGUGAUGAAUAUUUUGCAAAAGUCACAGAACAUAAUGAAAAGAUCGAACAAAUGUUCGAACAUAGUCAAACUCAACUCCAAAAGAAUUAUGAGCUUGAAAUGUUAAAAGCUCAAAAUGAAGUAAGGCAAUUAGAGUUGACGGAACUCCAAGAAGAGAACAAAAUCAUAAGUAUAGAUGCGAAUUCCAUCACAGAUCCAAUAAGGCGUGAGUGGGUCAGAAAUACAGAACUACGAAUUCACGCAAAGAGAACUCGUCAACCAUUUGGAGGAGUAGAAUCAAGUAGUCAGUUGAACCAAUAUUUUGAUAAUUUGGGAGGAAAUGGUGCUGACCUUGGAGAUUAUUAA